GGCGGGGUCAGUGUGGACCAAUAGAAUGCAGCAGCCAGAGACACGUUGAGUACUUCCUACAACAGACAUGUCAGCCUCCAGCGCGUAGAGAGAAUAGCAUAACUCUUCGUGAUUUUACAUUACUGGACUGAACUCCACGAUGGUUGUUACAGACUCCUCCGACACAGGGACCAUCCUUCGUGUCAGAGGGCCGCUGGACUUCAAAUGUCAGCUGGACAGCACAGAUGCACUGCUCAUGCACAAAGUCAUCUCGAGAACAUUUGCCACGCUUCACUCUCAGGUGAAAUCUGAAUCCUGUGUUCUGACAGUCUGUGAUAGUCCUGUUAUUAUUUGGCCAAACAGAGGUGUUUAUGUAACACCUGAAGACAUAACUCCAAACACGCUAUGUGACGAUAUACAUCAAUGGAUUCAGACCGAUGAACAAGACAGCGCUGGCAAGAGAUCUGCUAAAAAGAAAAACAAAAAAAGUUCAGUAGCGAGUGUCAUUAACCUUCGCCUGAUGAUGGAGGCAACAAAGACGGGCCCUCUUUCAGCCCCGAUCCUCAGGAGAACAGUCCAGAAAUCCCACUUCCUGUUUACAACUCUUCCCAUGGACUGCGUUGUCCGUACCACCUGCAACGACACAAUCAAAGAUGCCUUUGAGCGCCUAUUGGAGGCGCUAACUCAUCAGCUGUGUGAGAUGGAGAAAGUGACCCUGCAACACAUAAAGGGGACUACGCUGCUGGUACCUGAACCGCUCCACUUCCUCCUUCCAGAGCCAAACGGACUAGUGACUGUGGUUUACCCAGCAGGAGUGCCUGACAGCCAACUAGAGAUGCAACGUAAGGACCUGCAUCAGCAGUUUGAGCUACCAGAUCUCUGGCCAUAUUUUAGAAGAGCCAAUGCUUACCGCUUUCCCAAUGAGUCCUACAAAGAUGGUUACCUCCGAAACCCUCAUCUGGUCCUCACACAUCCCUCGCUGGACAAUGGACAGGUGUACCCGGUCCAAGGGAUCUACAGUUAUCACCACUACAUGCAGGAUCAUAUCGAUGACAAUGGCUGGGGCUGUGCUUAUCGCUCCCUGCAGACCAUCUGCUCCUGGUUCCAGCAGCAAGGCUAUGGAGAGCGUGCCGUGCCCACCCACAAGGAGAUCCAACAGGCUUUAGUGGAUGUUGGAGACAAACAGGCCUCCUUUGUUGGAUCACGCCAGUGGAUCGGAUCUUUUGAGGUUUCAGCUGUUCUGGACCAGCUGCUUGGGGUCACUUCAAAGAUCAUGUUUGUGAGUCAAGGCUCUGAGUUGGCAUCUAAAGGCAGAGAACUGGCAAACCACUUCCUUACUGAAGGGACUCCCGUCAUGAUUGGAGGGGGAGUUUUAGCGCACACUAUUCUAGGUGUGGCAUGGAGUGAGACCACCGGGCAGAUCCGCUAUCUCAUCCUAGACCCACAUUACACAGGAGCAGAGGACUUGCAAGUUAUCACAGACAAGGGCUGGUGUGGCUGGAAAGGACCAGAUUUUUGGGACCAAACUGCGUAUUAUAAUCUAUGUCUGCCUCAGAGGCCAAAGGUCAUCUGACCUCUCACAGCCUUUCAGACGGGCAUCAGCUGACAUUGGUGAAGCAUCCACAUAACUUUGGAGUGACACUUUAACCUGCUGGUUUUAAAGAAUUGUGUCCAUCAUUGCAAGUUUGAGUAAUACGUUUUGGUCAAUUCCUACAUAAAAUGUUGUCUUGCCAACAAAGGCACAACUAGAGAUGGUUGUAAUUUGGUAUUGAAAAGAGAAAUUGAUCAUAUCAUGUACUGUACUUUAUGUACUUGCCAUUGUUUGAUAUGGCAAUAUAAAUACCAGACAGGUUAAUUUUAUUUAGAAAUACAAUUUAUCAUAGUCAGAGUUUUAUCAUUGCUUUAUGUUACCAGUAGACAAAUGGCUGAUUUUUACAAAUAAAUUAACUGUUCAACA